CCCCGCCCUCUGUGGGCUUCUCCGUGUUGUCUGGCUCUGAGUCAGUAACUGUCUGGUUCUGGACCACUGGCUUAUUAAGGCCUCAUCCUAGGGGAGAUGGUGACCCACAGUUCCUCCUCGUUACUUCCUCGUCCUGCUGGGUUCCCUAAGCGCUCAGUGCCCUUCAUACGCCUCUAUUUCCCAUGUCCCUGAUCCCUCCUGUCCUCCCUGCCUCCCACCCAUUAUCUGCACUGUCCUCUUCAGUCUGCCUGGGCUGCAGCCCAGUGCCCUGCCUGGCCAGCCUCCCUGGCUCCCCCUCUGCAGUGCUGAGCCGGCUCCACCCCCCACCCCCCUGUUCAGGCCCUGAUCCGCUGGAGCUCAGAGCUUGAGUGCCCCGGCUCACACAUUAGCACCCACAGAGGCCCCUCUCCAGCCUGAGCAGAGGAACCCCCAGUGCAGGGAAUGGGGGUGGGCGGCCCCCCCAGGUAAGUGCAGGCGUGAGCCAACCUGCCUCAUCUUCCCUCUUCCCUCGGCACAUUCCCUGAUGUUCCGUCCAGAAACCUUCCCGAUCUAGCACCCCAUUUCUUGGCUUCUAGCUCUGGGCGAUACUGACUUCAUAGAUUUUCUCGCUGCCCCCUUCUCCCUGUGAAAGGCAGCCCCUCACUCUCCCCAUCUGUCUACAUUUCAUAACACAUGAACUUCAUUUCUCUUCUAAUUCUUACUCAGCCUUUGUCUGCUGACAUUUCUGAGUCUUGCCUGGUCUUUGUCUCUUUUUCUCUCUGUGUGUCUCUACCCCUCUCUCUAGGUCUCUGUUCUCUGAGUUGGUCUUUGUCUUUUUCUCGGGGUUUAUGUCUCCCAGCUCACUACCACUGUGACUUUGUUUCCAUCUCUGGGUCAUUGUCCCCUCUCUCGGACUCUGUUUCUGAGUUAGUCUCUGCACCUCCCUGUCCCCUUGGGUCUGUCUCCUGGGCCAUGCCGCCAUGACAUCUUGUUUCUCUGUUUCUCUGAGUCAGUCUUUGUCAUCUUUCUGGGUUUCUGUCCCUGUGUCAUUUUCUCCUCUCUCCCACCCCCCAGCUCAGAGCACUGACAUCUUUGGGCGUAGUUACCGCAGUGUGGCUGGGUUAUCUGGCUGGCUGCCUUAGAGCCCAGGAAAGGACAGGGGUCCCUGUCCCCUAAGGGGCCUCCUUUGGGGCUCUCAGCACCCUCUGUCGCCAUUACUCGGCAGAGGUAGUGGUGCCACUUUGUGUGAAUGGGAGGGGCGGGGUUUUUGGCUCCAGAUUAUAUAGUGACUUUGACAUGAAGUUGAAGUACCUUAAGCUCUGUGGCUCCUUUAUAUGGAAACGUUAAGCUGCUCUUGUAGGUCAGGUGGCAGACGGGGGGCUGUGCAUCGGCAUCCUGGGCCGUGUGGGGUGCAGAUGGCUCUCUGAAGGUGUAAAUCCCACCCAAUCUAACAUGGAGACAGGUCUGCCUCAGGCAGUAGCUGAGUUGUGGUCAGAGGCUUGGGAGCCCCAGGGUGAGGUGGGUAAAGCCCUCAGCCCCUGGCACCCUGGCAGUCAAUGCAAGGUGACCCUUGGAGGCCGCUAGGUACCGCGGGCAACUGCAAGACACACUGGCUAGUCCCACUGCCGGCACUGUGUAUCACUGGGCUUGGUAUCCAGAGACUCAUUGGUGUCUGAACCUGCCACCUCUCCAGCUAAGGGGCCUGAAGGUGGGUGAUUCCACCUUCCCGCUCUCCCUAGAGAAACCACUGCAAAGUGGGAACCCUGCUUCAAAGGCUGCUCAUGAAAGUUAACUUACACUUUCCAACUGUGCACCUGCCUGCUCUUUGGAGAUCAGCUUGCUUCCCCUCCUGAGAAUGACCUUCAACAUUCCGGGCUGCUCUGCUGGCCCGGUCCAGUUCCAUCCUCUCAGCCUCAGGUUAACACCUGUUGGGGGCCUAGUGAGCCCUGGAUGGACUUUCUGGAUACCUUGGAGACCAAGGAAGGUGCAAGGAGCUGUUGGGCCGUUAAGUGCAGCUUCACAUAGCACAGAGCAUUCUACCUGGACCGUUCAGGCGGCUCCCCCAACGCCCAUGAGGCCCUGAGAGUCUAGUCUAAUGUGCCUAGAGUGCAGAGACAACACUGGCGACACUUGGACCAGAUCAGCCCUGCAGUGGCUGGAGGUGAGCUUGAAGGCUCAGACCUGUCCUCCACUUAGGCUCAGGAAGGUCGUAAACACCACUACACCCACUGUCAGAACUGAGUGCCCGGGCCAGGAGUUAGCCUAAGAGCUGCCCAAGGACUCCAGAGCCUCUCCUACCUUUCAAGUCAGGGGUUUUGAUUUCCAUCCUCAAAUGAGCAAAUCGGAACUCCGGGAUAGGAAGCCUAGGUUAGAGUCUAAUAAGGUCAGGCCGUGAGGGGUUUUUUGUUUUGUUUUUUUCCUUUUUUAGAUAAGACCUUGAUAUGUAGGCUGGCCUGGCACUCUGGGCUUCACCAUCCUCCACAAUGGCCAGCAGGGCCUGGGUCUUCAUGACCAGAGGUGCUUCCUUCCUGGGAUGAUGUAAGUGGCCUCAGACCAGAUGGUCAAGGCUGAACUUAUUAGUAGUUUCAUUUGAAAGUAAUUCAGCCAUCAGCAGAUCUGAUAUUUUGUUGGAAUGCUGGGGCCUAAAACCCAGGGGCCUGAGGGAGGGAGGGACCACAGGCACUGCUACUGAGCCACACGGCCUAAGCCAUCUAACCAUCUGUAGUGUAUUCACGGCUGAGCAGUGAUGCUAGGACUUUCCCCAACCUACCUCCUUCCUCUGAUGGCGGUAGCUGCCGCCUACUGUCCUGUGUGCUUAGUCUCCUCAAUAGCUGAGUAUUGCACUUUAGGCCUGUGAUCCUUGCCCUCGGGACAUGUAACCAGGCCAGGCCAGUGUGCAGUAUUGAAAACUAUCUUCAAAACAAAACACCUCUAGAUUCCAGUGCAGAACAAUGCAAUGCUAUAUAUAUCAGAGUUUUGUGGUUUGGUUUUUCAAGACAGGGUUUCUCUGUAGCCCUGGCUGUCCUGGAACUUGCUCAGUAGACCAGGCUGGCCUCAAAUUCUCAGGGAUCUGCCUGUGUGCCUCUCUAGUGUUGGGAUUAAAGGUGUGCGUCACCACCCAGCUUUGCUCUGUGGCUUUACAGUAUUGUCGAGGGAAUACAGAUGCGGACAAAGGUCUGCGUGGUCAGUACAGCGGGCAUUGCUUUCCGUCUCAGUAUGGUGAAUUUGGAGGGUAUAAAUAAUGUAGAAGAUACAGGGAACUGAACGAUGCCUGGAAUUGACUGCUCCCACUUAAAAUGUUUUAAGGCACAUGGCCUGUGUUCCCACAUUCUCCAAGCGGCCAAGGUGCAAGGAUCACUGGAACUCAUAAGGUAGCCUCAACAGAAACCAUUCAUAUUGUUUGACGUUUGUCUCUCAUUUCUUUUUCUCUGCUGGAUAGAGUCCUUGUUACUUGUAUGAGUCAUGGCCUUUUGUAGCUCCGGCUGACCUCAAAUUCUCUGUGCUUCUGUAUCAGCCUCAUGAGUUCUGGAACUACAGUGCACCACACACCAGGGCCCAUGGCUUUAGUCUGUGUACCAUACACCAGGGCCUGGUUUUUUGUUUGUUUUCUUUUUUUUCUUCUGAUACUUGGUAUUGGUAAUCACCUACAAGAACUCAGAAGCUAAACUGUUCAAAUUCAAACCCUAGCUUGAGUAGCUGCCCCCCCCCUUUUUUUUCUUUUCUUUUUUGGUUUUUCGAGACAGGGUUUCUCAGUAUAGCCCUGGCUGUCCUGGAACUCACUCUGUAGACCAGGCUGGCCUUGAACUCAGAAAUCCACCUCUGCCUCUGCCUCUGCCUCCCAAGUGCUGGGAUUGCAGGCGUGUGCCACCAUGCCUGGCUGAGUAACUGUGGUCUUCAGCAGUUUAUAUCUGUAAAAUGAUAUCAUUUAUCUGGAAACUGUGGUGCUAGAGGCUUGGUUCAAUGGCAGAGCAUUAUCUAGCACUUAGGAGACUCUUUGUGUCCCACACCAGUGCCAUCUCAAAAAUAAAGCCCCACGAAUGUGUAAACUCAUAAACAGCGUUGACAGCAGUGUGAGCCACGGAUUUGGCAUACUUUAUAGCAACAUUCCUUGGACUAGAACCCCUUGCUGCAGUUGUACCUAUACCAAGCUUCCUGUGACAGGCAGGAUAGUCACAAGUGUCCCAUGAGUACUGCCCUACCCAUUUUGUUAGCUAAGGAUGCAGAAGAGUGUUGUGGCCGGUGGGUCCUCCAGUUCCUGGUACCCUUGACAUUCCUACUCAUCUUUUGUUCCUGCAGGUUUGGGGCGCCUGCCCCCCGCUAGGACAAAUCUAGAGGGGGUCUCCCCACCCAAUGGGCCUGGCCAGGGCCCUGCGCCGCCUGAGCGGCGCGCUGGAGGCAGGAAACAGUCGAGCUGGCGAUGAGGAGGAGGCGGGGGCCGGGCUGUGCCGCAAUGGGUGGGCUCCUGGGCCGGUAGCUGGGAGCCGGCGCCGCGGGCGCUUCGUCAAAAAAGAUGGGCACUGCAACGUGCGCUUCGUGAAUCUGGGUGGCCAGGGCGCACGCUACCUAAGUGACCUGUUCACCACCUGUGUGGAUGUGCGCUGGCGCUGGAUGUGCCUGCUCUUUUCCUGUUCCUUCCUCGCCUCCUGGUUGCUCUUCGGCCUGACCUUCUGGCUCAUUGCCUCGCUGCACGGCGACCUAGCUGCCCCACCGCCACCGGCGCCCUGUUUCUCGCAAGUGGCCAGCUUCCUGGCUGCCUUCCUCUUUGCGCUGGAGACCCAGACGUCCAUAGGUUAUGGUGUGCGCAGCGUCACCGAGGAGUGUCCAGCUGCUGUGGCCGCCGUGGUGCUGCAGUGCAUCGCAGGCUGUGUGCUCGACGCCUUCGUUGUGGGUGCCGUUAUGGCCAAGAUGGCCAAGCCCAAGAAACGCAACGAGACACUGGUCUUCAGUGAGAACGCAGUGGUGGCUCUGCGAGACCAUCGUCUCUGCCUCAUGUGGCGGGUGGGCAACCUGCGCCGCAGCCACCUGGUGGAGGCCCAUGUGCGGGCCCAGCUGCUGCAGCCCCGUGUGACCCCAGAGGGUGAGUACAUCCCACUGGACCACCAGGAUGUAGAUGUUGGCUUUGACGGAGGCACCGAUCGCAUCUUCCUCGUGUCCCCCAUUACCAUUGUGCACGAGAUCGACUCUGCCAGCCCACUGUACGAGCUGGGUCGGGCCGAGCUGGCCCGGGCUGACUUUGAACUGGUGGUCAUUCUUGAAGGUAUGGUUGAGGCCACCGCCAUGACUACACAGUGCCGCUCAUCUUACCUCCCAGGCGAGCUGCUCUGGGGACAUCGCUUUGAGCCGGUCCUUUUCCAGCGUGGCUCCCAGUAUGAGGUUGACUACCGACACUUCCAUCGGACAUACGAGGUCCCAGGGACCCCAGUCUGCAGCGCCAAGGAGCUGGACGAACGGGCAGAGCAGGCUUCCCACAGCCCUAAGUCGAGCUUUCCUGGCUCCCUCACUGCGUUUUGCUAUGAGAAUGAACUUGCUCUAAGCUGCUGCCAGGAGGAAGAGGAAGAGGAGGGCACUAAGGAGGGGACUUCUGCAGAGACCCCAGAGAGGGCUGCCAGCCCCCAAGCUCUGACACCGACCCUGGCACUGACCCUGCCUCCGUGACACUGAGGCCCACUUCCCCACAUGACACACCUUCCCAGUGAUGACAGGGAUGGAGCUUCUAGCCUCUGAUGGGAAUUGGGUAGGGGUUUCUCAGGACCAGUGGCCUGCUGAGGUAACCAUUAACAAGGGUGUCUACCCACAUACCACACCUUUAUUUCUCUGCUCCAUUCUCACUCCCAAGACCCAUUUAUGAGCUGGAUUCCUGAGUCUUAGCAGAGCUGAAGGAUCAGAUUUCUUACAAGAGACAAGGUGUGAAGGCUGGAUCAAUGAGAUACACAGCCUCAGGGAAGAAGAUGUCACUUUAUACAGAUCAAGAAGCAGCGAUUCAAGCAAUGAUAGAAAACUCCAAGGAUUCAGGACCAUCAUAAUUGACCAAAGACAGAACAGUGACUGGACCAUGUGUGAAGAAAAGGCCUGGAGGCUCCAGAAAGCCCAAGAGUUGAGAUUCUCUUGAGUUUAGGUUGACACUGGGACACUGGGGAUUCUAGAACAGGUUGGCUAGAGGAGAGUGGAGCUGCUCCAGAAACUACAAACUAUGUUUCUAGAAUGCACAAAGCAUUGGUAGGUUUCUGAGUUUGGAAGGACUGAGAUGACACACUAAGGUUCCAGAUGCCAGAGGACUCUGGAGUAUUGGCUGUGUAGGGUCCGGCUAAGGGGGUGGGCCUGGCUCCUCCAUGGUCCACAUGGUAAGCUUUGUUUUUGUUUGAAGUGCCAUUCUUAGAACAUCCAAAGGAAUCAGGAUUCUAUGGUUCAAGGUUGAUCAGAGUCCAGCUAGGAUUCUAGAUAUCUGUGACCUGCCGGAUCCACCUUGCCCAGCAGGGUUGAGAUCUCCGUGACUUUGGGUGGCUUCCCGUGGUUCUGUGAUGCCAAAAGGAAUCAAACCUCCAGAGACCAGAGAUGCCCUUUCCCAAAGCCUAGAAAACCUAGUCACCUUCAGAUGGACAGCCUGAUAGGUCUAGGAGGCAGACACUGCUCUGGGUGGACCUUGCAAGCAAGAGCCUAGACUAUCACAGGGCUAACUGAUGGGAAAUGGAAGACAGAGGCUGAGGCUGGCGAGCCUAAAAUAUUCUGGACUACUAUAGCUAGUGAUGUGUCUACUUCUCACAGAUAUUCUACA